AACACACACAUACACACACUUACACACACAUACACACAACCCGUUUUAGCUGUUAACCUAGCCUCGCCAAGCUAAUCUGUCCCUCCACGCGCUGACCGCGUAUCCAGGUCAGUUAAACGGCUGAAGGAGCGGUUUGUCGCCUGUCACCGCGCUUUCAUGUCUCGUUUGCUCCUGGCGCUGUCACCCUCUGUCAGCCGCACUGUCCCCCGCCACACAGCCAGGUAAACCCCGGCCAGCCCCAUGAAGACACCGCCGCUGUCCCCUCACACAUGGAGGCCAGUUGAAUAACACACAGGAGCCGCGUGGAGCCCGAGGCACCAUGGAUCUCUCAGCGCCUGCACCGGUGGUAGCCCUCCUCCACUGACCUCACCUCCUCCUCCUCCCCAACCCUUCUUCCACCUUUCCCUCUCUCAUCUACCCCUCUUACUCCACACCCCAUCCCUUACCACCCCGCGUCCAGGGUACAUCAUGGCAGGGGAGAAAGGUCCGACCAAGCGAAGCGCCAUGGACAUCAAGCGCCUGGCGAGCCUCAUCCAGAGAGGAACGGGCCGUUUGCUGGUGAUCGACAGCAGGACGUUCUCUGAGUACAAUGCCUCGCACGUGCAAGGCGCAGUCAACGUCUGCUGCUCCAAGCUGGUGAAGAGGCGACUGCAGCAGGACAAGGUGUCCGUCACAGAGCUGCUGCAACCCAACGGCAAGGUGAAGGUGGAGCUGGGCAGGAAGCAGGAAGUGGUGGUUUAUGACCAGAGUUCCAAAGAGGCAGGGCAUCUGUCCAAAGAUGGCUUUGUGCACAUUCUCAUGGGAAAGUUGGAGAGCACCUUCCACAAAGUCUCCCUGCUCACCGGAGGCUUCGCUGCUUUCUCCUCCUGUUUCCCCGGCCUGUGCGAGGGGAAACCUGCCACUGCUCUGCCUAUGAGCUUGUCCCAGCCCUGCUUGCCUGUGGCUAAUGUAGGGCCCACCCGCAUCCUGCCACACCUCUACCUGGGCUCACAGAAGGACGUCCUCAACAAGGAUCUGAUGGCUCAGAAUGGUAUCACCUAUGUGCUGAAUGCCAGCAACACCUGCCCCAAGCCAGACUUCAUCAGCGAGAGCCACUUCAUGCGUAUCCCAGUCAAUGACAACUACUGCGAGAAAUUGCUUCCCUGGCUGGACAAAACUAAUGAAUUCAUAGACAAAGCUAAGGUGUCAAACUGCAGAGUCAUUGUGCACUGCCUGGCUGGAAUCUCGCGUUCAGCAACCAUCGCCAUCGCAUACAUCAUGAAGACAAUGGGCUUGUCAUCAGAUGAUGCCUACAGGUUUGUAAAGGACCGAAGACCGUCCAUAUCCCCCAACUUCAACUUCCUGGGUCAGCUUUUGGAGUUUGAGAAAGGCCUGCGGUUACUGCAAGCUUUAACCUCAACCUCUGAUGACAAGAUCUCCGAAAACAACACUAAGCAAACCUCAGAGAUUAACGGAGGUUUUGAGAUGAACGGUCACCACAGUAACUACGACUCGUCUGUGGCAGACCAACACAUCCCACCAGAACCUAAGCUGCCAUCACCCACCUCCCUCCAGCAGGGCUUCAACGGCCUGCACCUCUCAGCAGAGAGGAUCAUGGACACUAACCGGCUUAAACGCUCCUUCUCCCUGGACAUUAAGUCUGUCUACUCCCCGAACAGUCCCCCCUGCCCCAGCUUGGCACCCACACACUCUGAAGACGUCCCCAAGCUGUGCAAACUUGACAGCCCAGGAACAGGCACCUCCAAUGGUGUUUGCUCGCAGUCUCCCGUCCUAGACAGCCCCAGCUCCUCCGAUUCACCGUUCCCCUCACCGGGCAGCGGGGGUAGCAUCGGAGGUUUGGGGCUCAGAGGAAGUGAAGGAGUCCAUCGGUCUGGUUCUUCCUCAUCCAGACCCAGGAGGAAACCCAAGCAUUGCUCCGGCAGUUCCCCAGUCCACUCCCAACCGCACCAACCUCCACAGUCCCUCAGCUUGUCGUUGGAACACAAGAGCCCCAGCCCGGACGAGAACCUAAAGGGCUCCCUGCUCCUGUCACUACCCUCCCUGCCCAACGUUGGGUCUGGGGCCAUGUGGACCAAACACAGAGACACUGUCCAGGCUACCACUCCCGUCACUCCUGUCACCCCCACCACAGAUGCCCCCUGGCACUUUGGGGCAGUGGAGGCCGGUGAGGGAGAGAUGGAGCUGGGAGGCGGAGGGGACGGAGGCGGAGAGGAGUCGUCGGUGAGGUUUGGGAGCAGCUCGGCAUACGUGGCGUUUGGGUGCAGCGAAGGUGUGCGGUUACGAGACAAAUCCCAGAGGGAAAAGUCAUCAGCACCGCAGACACAGUCGUCCACAGUGACCAAGUCCAACAGUGCAAACAACAGCGGGCCUGCGUCGGAGAAGCAGUUCAAACGGCGCAGCUGUCAGAUGGAGUUCGAGGAGGGCAUCUCUGAGACGCGAUCCCGAGAAGAACUGGGGAAGAUCGGGAAGCAGUCGAGCUUCUCUGGGAGCAUGGAGAUCAUCGAGGUAUCCUGACAGAUAAUGGACAUGACCAGGGUUGUCCCUUGGGGACACAAAUGGAACUGGUUAGAGGGAGUGCAAGAGGAGGACAUAUGACCGGGAGCAGAGGAGGCUUCUUUUGUGCUCCUCGCGGACAGUGUUUAGGACUCCAACUGAGAGAAGGACAAAUAAAAGCAAAGAGUUAAUGUGAAAAGGUUAGCAGGCGAACUAGCAUUCGCACAUGGACAGACAGAGCCUGUGAUGUGGUGCUUAGCCAUCCUGAACUCUCAUACAAAUCUGAAUAAAAGUGUGGGGGAGGGCGCGGUAAAGGGGGGGUGACUGUAGGUACUGAAACUCUUAAUUUUUCUGAGCUCUGUCACAGAUAAAAAGAAACGACCCAGGACAAGUGUCAUGUUGCAUCCUUACUAUAUAGAAUAUCCUUAUUUUGACAGAGUUCGGACACAAACUGCUUGCCUGCGGUCAAAUGUAGUGUGCUUCAGUGGGUGUAUAGCUUGUGAUUUGAACCGAGCCCCGUGUUUCCUCCCAAAGCUUCACCCCAGUGUCAGAAAGCCUCAGAACCUCGCACGGCUACGUCCGCCUCCCCCCUCCCUCCUCUUCCCAGUGGCUCUGCCUGCUACAGACUCUGCAUAGCAACAUCAGACAACAAUAACAGACUCCUUAACAGCACCGUCUCCUCACAUCACCACAGCACAAGGCAGAGAGAUCCCAAGGACUUAAUCUAACGGCGGUACUGUAUCCAAACAAUGAAGGAUCCUCAGCAUUUUGUUGCUGAAAAGACUUUUGAAGACUCAUAGCGACGGGCAGUGUUCCCCCUCCUUAAAGCACAGUGUGUCUUUCCUGACUUUGGCUCCCUUGUUUCCAGUGUUAACAGCGUGAUGGGACUGAGGUUUCGGGAUGGCGGCGAGGGUUCGCUUUAACGGCCCUUCAGCUCCUUUAUAAACCCCCCCAGCCCCCUCCCACUGCUCCCAGUCACCAUCUAUGGUCACCACUGAGCAUGCACCAGAAAGGCUGACUACAGACAGACAAAUACUAUAUAUACAAUAUGAAUAUAUAUAGCAAUUUUAAUGGACUUCUAAUGGACUUUUUUUUGUUCAGUUAUAGUUUUAAUUUAUUGUAUUGGUUCAUUCUGGUAAUGAGAAAUAAUAUAAUGUUUUGUGGAUUUAUUUCUUUUUUUUCUUUUGUUGAAUUAUUAUUAUUAUUAUUAUUAUUAUUAUUAUUAUUUGCUGUAUGGUAUUUAUGAACACACACUCAAACAAAUACACACAUUCAACAAAUUCAAGCAAGCAAUAUGUGCUGUUCCUUCUUUGGGGAGAGUGAUGUAUGACUUUGAAAUGCACUUUUAUGCUUUCUGAUAACCAACUUCAGUUAUCCCUCACACCCAUGGCAACAAGAGUCUUGAGUUUUGAUGGUAGCCUACAAAUAAGGCCUCAGUUUUAUAUUUAGAGGAUGGUACAAACGUCCCACUGAUGAGAUCUAUAAGCGCAGGAUCUCUGCAGUGUGUAUUCAUCACAGUCGAGGGCUCAAGCGUGAACUCAAAAAGUUCUGUUUCACUGUGUGUGUGCAUAGGAAGACAAAGUAGCUGCCACACUCAGCUUGCUCCUAUACAGUUCAGCAUUUUCUGCCAGUCUCAUGAGUUCUUGCGUAACAUCACAACUAUAUGCAAACAAACUCUUUAACAAGUUUUAUAGACUCGCACCGAGUCUCCUCUCCGAGCCAGCACCAGUUUGUCAUCAUCACAGCGCGUCCCACCAAAGCUGAAACCAACACACACACACACACACACACACACACACACACACACACACACACCCUGUAUGCACUUACACAUAUUUCACACAUGUAAAAGCAUAGGCCGUACACACACACCCUUUUGUUCAUUCUCAGGGGAUCUUUCAGUGAGCCAAGCCCGGCACAGGGUACACAGCUGCUGGUACAUCAGCACAAUGCAUGUCCAUAAAGCAUCCUCGCUUUCUCUCUUCUUUUUUUUCUUUUUUUGCUCUUAUUUCUAAUUUUCCAAAGCUUUGAUAAAAACAGAUAACAAAACAGACAGAAAAAAGCAGAUCUUCAAAUCUUGAGGUGAAAAAAAUGAAAACUUUGCUCUCCUGGUGCGAGAUGGUUAUUUAUUUAUAAUGUAAAAUGUGUUUAUUUUUUCCUUUGACCCUUGAAUAGCUUUUCUCUCUGGUGAUCUUUGACCUUUGACCUUGGGCUGCUGCAGCUACAGUUAAGUUCAGAUAGAUUCCUCUGUUACCCCCGAGCCUCAAGCAACCUCUCCUCCCCCUCACCCUCCUCCCUAUAUUUUUAAGAAAUGUUAGAAUUAUUUAUGACAUGUAACAAAGAUGAUGCAGGCUGUCCCAUUUGCUAAAAUUGUUGUUAUCGGAAUAUUAUUAUUAUUAUUAUUAUUAUUAUUAUGUUGUGUAAAUAGCAACUCAUCUAAGAACACUGAUGAAUUUAGAUGAGUUUUUAAAAGAAAAUCCUGAUACCUUAGGCUGCUUGACGCAAAAAUACCUCAGGUUCUAUUGAAAGGCUUUUCCUUCCCCUGUACAUGUUUUGUGAAAAUGAGACAAAAAUACAGACAUGACAAAAUACA